CUUUUUGAGGACGUCGACACUAAGCGGGGUCUGCAUUCGGACGAGGCGCGCGCCGGGGAGCUCCGCGAAACGACCACCGUCAUCUGCAGGCGAACACGCGGCAACACGUCAUCAUGGUCGCGAAGCAGCGCAUCCGGAUGGCCAACGAGAAGCACAGCAAGAACAUCACGCAGAGAGGAAACGUGGCCAAAUCCACGAGGAACCUGACGGAGGACAAAGGCGUGGGGCCCUGGCUGCUGGCGCUCUUCAUCUUCGUGGUGUGUGGCUCAGCUAUUUUCCAGAUCAUCCAGAGCAUCCGGAUGGGCAUGUAGCGCCGCCGGACACCGUCGCCCAACAUUCCUGAACUUUGACCCGUGACCAGUCCCACACACACACACACACACACGACGUCCUGAUCCAGACGGUGCCACCCCCCCAGACCCCCAAGUCGUCAGGUUGACGAAAGGACCUGCGAACACGCCGUCUGCUCUCUGUGCCUUGUUUACCUGUGCCUAAGCCCCGCCCACUUCUGAUAAUGCUAUCAGGGAUGGGUCAAAGUCCCGCUAUCUUCCUGCUGUGGCUGCUCUGCGCUCUGACCAGCUCCAAAUCGAGGUGGGAGGAGCGUCCUGUGUCCGAGGGUCUGACUUCCUCAGAGGAUUUUCAAAAUAAAGUUUAUUUCUGAAGAA